GAGAGAGAGAGAGAGAGAGAGAGAAAGUGGUGUCUUCCCAUCCGCAGACGCACGGUGCUCGUCAAUAGGAUGCCAUUACACAAACCCCACACCCGACGUUCUGCCUGGAUUACUUAUGUCUCCUUAAAAUGACCUAAAGCUGAAUCGUCGAUGGAAGAAAGAAGAUCAUGUCCCUGUGUGUGAUUCCACCACACGUGGAGCGCGUCUCGGCGCCGCGUGAUGGAGGUACGUGGAAGCGGUGCUCGGUGGCCAUGAAGAAGCGAUGAAGACACCGAGGGCUCCUGCCAAGGUCAGAUUGGAGCCUGCUGUGUCCAUGUGGAGGGCACCGAGGAUGCCAUUACAGACAACACACUGGCUGCGUGGAUGACUCGUUCCCGCCUCCAGCUCGGAGUUGUAACUUUGUAAUCCACGAGUGGGAGAUUUGAGUUUUCCAUUGGCCGUGGUGGCUGUCCAUGGUGCUGACCCCGGGCUCCAGGAAUGGUGGAGACGCUGAGUAUCGCCGUCAUCGGUGCUCCCGGAGUGGGCAAAACUUGUAUAAUCCGCCAGUUCAUCUACAACGACUUCUCAGAGGUCUACACGCCGACCCGGUCCAGAUAUGUGUACCGACCCUCCGUCAUUCUCAACGGCAGCAUGUACGAGCUGAAGGUCCUGGACGUCCCGCCGAUCUCAUCCUUCCCGUCCAGCUCCAGUCAGGAGUGGCUGGAUUUGCGUUGCAGAGGUGUUCGCAAUGCCAACGCCUACAUCCUGGUGUACGACAUCUGCUGCGUGGAGAGUUUUGAAUACGUGAAGAUGAUCAGGCAGCAGAUCGUAGAACACAGGGAAGGCAGCAGCAGCGAGGUGCCCAUUCUGGUGGUAGGCAACAAGAGAGAUCUGCAGCGACAGCGCUUCAUGCCUCGCAGGGCGGUGUCGGUUCUGGUCAAGAAGACCUGGAAGUGUGGCUACGUGGAAUGCUCUGCCAAGUUCAACUGGCACGUGGUCCUGCUCUUCAAAGAGCUGCUGGGCAUUGCUGUGGCGCGGGGCCUGCGCCAGAAUCACACCUCCAUCCGUCUGCAGGGGGCACUGCAGAGGAACCGCUGUACUGUCAUGUGACCCUCUCACCUGAGGAUUGGAGCAAAUGACUUCUUGAUCUAAAUGGCUGGAAACAAAAUACCCCGUGGCCUCCUGCUUUACUGAGCUGAUUUUUCAUAAUGAGAUUUCUUAGAAGCUGCGCUGUAUACAAUUUCACUCAUGACCACUUCCGAAUCUCAUAUGACGUAACAGACCUUGCAUUGCAUUGACUCUUACUGCUUCUCUUAGUGAGGCGCUGACUGGAAGGAAGCUAUUUUUGUGAGACUCAAAGCAGAGAGGCAGCAAUAUUUGUUGAGUCUUCCUUUCGAAUGUGUCCUAUUCAGCAAGGUUCACCUGAGGAGACGACUGAACAAAAAGAGACAUUGACAUUGAGAUCAUUACAGAUAGAUAUUAUUAGUAUGUUACUAGAUUCAGAAAAGGUAGCGUGCAUUGUCCCGAUGAAAUUACACUUUUUCUUUCUUGUCCACACUGCCCUUAUGAUGAUGUUUGUUUAGGGGAAAAUGUGUAGAGUUGUCUUGCAGUGGAAAAUGCUGCAGUCCCUUAUCAUGAUGUACUAUAGGGCCCCCACAACCCACCCCACCCCAUCCCUUUUUAUCACACACCCCCACUCAGUGGCUGAUUCUGGUGAAUACAUUAAUGCAAGGGAACGGGGGACCGGCAGGAGGCUGCAGAGCGCUGAGAUGAGGCACUGCAUGCGGGUUUUGCUGUGCGUGUGUGCGUGUGUGCGUGUGUGUGUGUGAGAGAGGGAGGGAGAGAGAGGCAGUCUUGAUCACUGACAUUCAAGCAAGAAAAGGACAAAAAAAAUGCAAAAUGAGAAACACAUGUUAAAAGCUUUGGUUUCAGAAGGAGCAAUAAUUCCACCUGACCGAUGGAGCCACUGAGUUAUAUUAAAAUGCCACACAAACAGUCAAAUCAACCCAUCCACAUGUUAAAAUGCUGCAGCAGAGCUGAAAUACUUCAACCAAACACCCUACAGACACACAGAGAACCUUAAUAAAGCUUGGUAAUCAUGUGAGAUGUACAUGGCUGCACUAAACUUGAGAAGACUUGUACUUAGGAGGGAUUUAUAGGAUAAUUGGCUUGCAUGCUAUUGUUGGUACCACAUCCAACAGGUCAGGUUUUAAUUGCACUGACGUGAAAAUGUGAUAUUGUGUUUGACUGUUUUGUAUAUGUUUUUUUGACACCGUGUAGUGAGCUGCAGAGUGGAGUGAAUGUGAUCGUUUUACACUGGCAUGUGGGAGCACAAGCUCGUGAUUCUCUUCAAGAUGUAGUGUUGACCCUUCUGUCAGGGUAGAUUGCGUGUUUUAGUAGUUUUAUAUAUAUAAACUAUAUCUAUAGUGGUGUGAAAACGUGUUUGCCCCCUUACUGAUUUCUUAUUUUUUUUGCACGUUUGUCACACUUAAAUGUUUCAGAUCAUCAAACAAAUUCAAAUAUUAGUCAAUGACAACACCACUGAACACAAAAUGCAGUUUUUAAAUGAAACGUUUUAUUAUUGUAUGGCCAUGUGUGAAAAAACGAUUGCCCCCUAAACCUAAACAACUAGUUGGGCCACCCAUAGCAGCAACAACUGCAAUCAAACAUUUGCGAUAACUUGGAAUGAGUCUCUUACAGCGCUGUGAAGCGCUUUGCAGAAUUGUUGUAAUUCAGCCACAUUGGAGGGGUUUCCAGCAUGAAGCACCUUUUAAGGUUGUGCUACAGUAUCUCAAUAGGAUUCAGGUCAGGACUUUGACUAGACCACUCCAAAGUCUUCAUUUUGUUUGUCUUCGUCCAUUCAGAGGUGGACUUGCUGGUGUCUUUUGGAUCAUAUCCUCCCUUGAGGUCAUCAACAGAUAGCUGGACAUUCUUCAGGAUUUUUUGUGAGACAGCAGAAGUCAUGGUUACAUUUAUCACAGCAUGUCUUCCAGGUCCUGAAACAGCAAAACAGCCCCACCCAGAUCAUCACACUACCACCACCAUAUUUUACUGUUGGUAUGAUGUUCUUUUUCUGAAAUGCGGCAUUAGUUUUAUGCCAGAUGUAAUGGGACACACACCUUCCAAAAAGUUCAACUUUUGUCUCAUCAGACCACAGAGUAUUUUCCCAAAGGUCUUGGGGAUCAUCAAGAUGUUUUCCGGCAAAACUGACACGAUCCUUAAUAGACCAAGCAGAGGUUUUGGUCUUGGAACUCUACCAUGGAGGCCGUUUUUGCCCCAUGCCUUUCUUAUGGUGGAGUCAUGACACUGACCUAAACUGAGCCUUGCAGUUCCUUGGAUGUUGUUGUGGGGUCUUUUGUGACCUCUUGGAUGAGUCGUCGCUGCGAUCUCGGGGGCAUUUUGGUUGGCCGGCCACUCCUGGGAAGAUUCACCACUGUUCCAUGUUUGUGGAUAAUGGCUCUGACUGUGAUUCAGAAUGGCUUUAGAAAUGGCUUUACAACCUUUUCCAGAGUGAUAGAUCUCAGUUAAAUUAGUUAAGUUGUGUUUUAACAGGGGGGCAAUCACUUUUUCACACAGGGCCUUGUAGGUUUGGAUUUUUUUUCUCUCUUAGUCAUAAAAAGCUUCAUUUUAAAACUGCAUUUUGUGUUCAGUUGUGUUGUCAUUGACUAAAUAUUUGAAUUUGUUUGAUGAUCUGAAACAUUUCAGUGUGACAAACUUGCAAAAAAUAAGAAAUCAGGAAAGGGACAAACACUUUUUCACGCCACUGUAUAUAUAUAUAUAUGAAAAAGAUGUAGCAGCAACCAAGUGUAGCAUGAGUUAUCAUCAGAUUGUCUGUGUGUUUCCAAAUAAAAAGGGCUACAUUUUUCUUUUUUUUUUUUAUCUGACUUGUAUUUAUUUUCCUGUGCUGGUAUUGUAAUGUUUUGACAUAUGAUGGAUUAAAUGCAUUUGGGAACAGUAACCCUACAUUUACUUCGCAGUGCCUUGCAUUUGUCAUCACUGUGUGGCAACAUUUGGCCAAUACUGCCAUCUAGUGGCAGAGCAUUAUUAGUGGGCCUUAAUUGGAUUUGGGAUGGACUCCUGUUCUUUAUUGUAUUACAUCUUGUACCAAUCGAUUUUUAGCAAUGUCGGUUGCUAGUGUGUAAACUAUUGUACAUUGGUCAUCUCAUUGUUUACUGUGCAGUGUAGCAUAGCACUGGUAGCCUGUGUAAAGACAGUGAUGAAGGUUUAUUUUAACGGAAGUGUCAACAAAAACAUGACUCCUUAAUAUAGUUUUUACAGAAUUUUCAAAAAUCGAGUGACAUAUUUGUCAUGCAUGCAGAAUGACAUAUACUAUAUCAAUACAUAAUCCUGGCUUCAGUAAAAUAAGUUAGAUUGUCUCAAAAACAACAUAUAAUUUAUUCAAGACUGUAGUAAGUACGUUUACAUCAGCCACAAUACUGGAAUAAGAUUAAUAAGUCUUAACAAAAACCCAUCUGGCCUUGCAUAAAAGCCCUACUUCAC